UUCAUGGAAGGUCAGCAGAAGAGCUGUUGAUAGCCGCAGGCCUACACUAAUGCUUACCUUUCUAUUCAGCUAUUUGCUCUUUUCCUGCCUCUGCAUUUUUUGAUAGAGAAUCAGCCACUGUGUCUUGGUGGCCUUGAUUCUGGAAGCUGAUACCCUCCUUCAAUCCCACAAUCAGGGUAACUGGUUAGUUAAUUUUUUCAAGUUUAACUUCAAUGCUCUCACAUUCUAUGACAUUACGGACCUUGAGAGUAAAAGAAGUAGAAAGCAUUCCCACUACUAAAUCAUAUUUCUUUAUAUUUCAAAAGAAAUUGAAUUUAACAUUGAGGAAACAAAGCAAACUCCCUUUUAGAACCUUCAAAACAUUCUAUGACAUCUUUACCUUUAGGACAAUUGGCAGCUUCUUUCCCAUUGCGACAGAAGGCAAAGAAAAACAGCUUUCUUACAGGUCAUGUAGGGAUAAAAAGAACUGUAAGGUGGUCUUUUCCCAGCAGGAGCUGAGGAAGCGGCUAACACCCCUGCAGUACCAUGUCACUCAGGAGAAAGGGACUGAAAGUGCCUUUGAAGGAGAAUACACACAUCACAAAGAUCCUGGAAUAUAUAAAUGUAUUGUUUGUGGAACUCCGUUAUUCAAGUCAGAAACCAAAUUUGACUCCGGUUCAGGUUGGCCUUCCUUCCAUGAUGUGAUCAGUUCUGAGGCCAUCACGUUCACAGAUGACUUUUCCUAUGGGAUGCACAGGGUGGAAACAAGCUGCUCUCAGUGUGGGGCUCAUCUUGGGCACAUUUUUGAUGAUGGACCUCGUCCAACCGGCAAAAGAUACUGCAUAAAUUCAGCUUCCUUGUCUUUCACACCUGCGGACAGCAGUGGCGCGGAAGGAGGCAGCGAGGUCAGCAGCUCAGCCCAGGCAGACAAAGCAGAGCUGUAGAGAAAUGGAGAGUGAUGGAAACAAAGUGUACUUAAUGCACAGCUUAUUAAAAAAUCAAAAUUGUUUAUCUUAAUAGAUAUAUUUUUUCAAAAACUCUAAGGGCAGUUUUGUGCUAUUUGUAUUUUUCUUCUUUUGCUUAAACAGAGGCCCUUUCCAUCCAUGUAUUUUGCUAUUGACUAGAUCCAGGACUGUUUAUAGCUUUUGAAAAUGGAGAUAGCUUUGUGAAACUUCUUCAUAAGUCACUUAAGUAGCCUUUGGCAUUCUUUUCUUUGAGUACCUACCUUCUUUUGAGUUUUGUUGUUGUUAACUCUUGAUUAAGAGGCAGAGGUUUUUGGUCUUCAGAUGUGAAAGCAAAGUUCUAGCAGAGCAGGGACCAGAGCUGGGAUGUGCCUGGCAUUGAGACACAUGGUCUUAAGGCGUUUCACAGAUCUACCUACGAUAAGGAUGAAGGAUGUCUAGGAGACUUCCCAGCUUUUUGGAAAGUCUGAGCUAAGGUCGUUUUUUUCUCACUAACAGGGUGUGAAGGUCUAAAGUCUUUCCUUAUGUUAAAUUGUUGCCAGAUAUGAGGGGGCACUCUGAGUGUUGUGGCAGAGAAGUAAACAUUACCUCACUGUUAGGCCUUUAUUUUAUUUUAUUUUCCAUUGAGACCAUUGGAAUGCAAGACAAAUGUAAAAUGUUGAGUCCCAUUUUGUCCAAAGUUCACAAAGAAGAACACCUGCCCAUUGCCUUUUUAUAAGACUUUUCUCCACACUUAAUACCAACUGCAGCUGGAAGUGCAUUUUGGUUAAUCCCCUGCAUAAAAUAAAAUUCUGGGACAACACACUUCAUCAGGACAGCAAAAUGAGAGAGAUCCAGAGAAGACCAAGGAUGAAGCCUUGAGUUCUCAAAAAAAUCAGUACUGGCAGAAAAGCUGGCAGGAUACUACAAGUAACAAACAGAACCCAAAGCAGGAACCUUGUACACAGCUUUAGGUUACCCCUGGAAAGAUGCUGGGCAUUAAAGUAGAAAGAACCAGGCUCAUGCUCCACACUUGACCUAACUAACCUGCUGUGCAACAAGGGACAAGCCAUUUAGCCUUUCUGUGCCUAUUUCUUCAUGUACAAACUGGGACUCACAAUAUUUGUAAAUGUAUUGACACUCUCAGGGCAAAAUUACUAUAUUGCUAUAUAAUUAAGAUCAGUAUUGUAAAGUUACACUGAUCUGGUUCUAAUUGCCUCAAAAACUGAAGCCUAGGCAUUUGAAAUAUAAAGAAGCCAAGGUUAACUUAGCCGAUUAGUAUGGAAAUGGUUGGGCCAAGAGCCAGACAUUUUUCUUUAUAGCAAUAUGGCUGGUUUUACUUUGAGAAACUUUGCUCAGCUGCUUUAUAACAUGUGAUCUGGUGUCAUUGUGCACAAUAAGGUUUUCACAGGUACAAGCUGAUGUUGCCAUAGCCAGGUGUGAAAGUAUCAUGUGUGACUGACUGAUAUAUAUUGUAUAUGUAACUUUGGAUGCUCAUUCUGAAAUGUCGUUUUUUAAAAUAUUAUUUUUAUAACUAUUUGAUAGCUUAUGAAGACUGACAUCUUCCUUUCAUGCAUCAAGAGAAAAAGAAGAAAGAGGGUCACUAGACAAUUAUACAGUGGGAAAUGAGAAUGAAAAGUUGUGACGAAUCAAAAUGUGAGCAUCAUCAUGUUGGCGUACCUGCCUGACUUUAGGCAUGUGAGGAAGGCCCUGUCAUCCUGGUGACUCUGUGUCAUCAUGGAUGCAAUCCCAGAGGAGUCAUGCUCUUAACAUGCUCAGAUAAGAGGCCAUUGUUGUCUGACUAUCCAGCUAUUCCCUCAGCUAUAGAUAUUACACCUUAUACUCUGGGGUCAUGCUGGAACUUACAGGCUUCACUCCCUUCUAGAAACAAAGAGUAAAAUUUAACACCUGAUCAGCCAUUGGCAUCCAGACCUUCUUAGAAUCUUUCGCAACUUCAUGGAGGGAUGCUGAAUAUUUCUCAACAACAAGGAUCUCAUAUAGGGGUAGCUGAAGAAAGAAAUGGGUUUCCCAUAGCCUCCCAUCCAUUCUCACAGGCACACAGAAUUUCUCAACCACUCUAGCCAUGUGUGGUGGCCUUACCCACAGGGUUGCCUGGAUAUGAUCUACAGAGUUGGCCUAGGUGAGGAAGAAAUUUGAGAGGACUGGCCUCUCCCCAGAGAAUUGAUUGUCAUUGUUUCUUCAUUUUUAUAGUAGGGCAUAGCAUUUCCCUCAAAAACCAAAUUUAAAAAAAUAUAAGAAUAAAAAUAUAUGUCUCUCCCAAUCUUUAGGCCCCCCCCCAAGGAAAACCAGUUAUUUUCCAACACUAACUUUGAAGAAAAAUGCAACAUCCAUCAAAGGGGGGCAUGGGGGAGCAGGGUGUAUGCAUGUGGUUUAAUCCCAAAUUGCUUUUGGGUUUAAGUGGUAUCAAAUUUCGGUAUAUUUCUGUCUUAUGUUAAGGAAAUAUAUUACCAAAAUGUCAGUGAGCAAUAAUGUCAGCUGUCGAGCCCUAGAUUUAUUUUUGCAGGAUAUGGAGUGCAAUGAACUGAGUCAAUAUGGUGAGGUGUAUGUGAUCUGUGGGAGGAAUGCCAUUUAGCAUUGGAAGUGCAUGGGACUUUCCCUCUCUGCCUUCCAGCUCUUGCUGCACCUUUGGAAGAUGAAGGGUUUUGUUGGUGUGCAGAAAAUACAUCUAUACAGCCAUGCUGAGCAAAUCUGAAGAAAACAACAGUAUCUAUUGUAGUAGAAAACAUUUCUAUGUGGCAAAAGUUUUCACUUCUUAGAUGUAUUUUAUGUUCUUAAUAAAAUGACAUAACAAUUUGAAAA